UAUUGUAUAAAUAGCUAUUUGAAGAUAAUCAAUAAGUUAGUAAGUAAUAUAUAAAAAUUUAGUUGGCUAGUUAAUCAUUUAUUUAGCUACUUGAGCAAGCCAAGCAAAUAAAUUAGCAAAAUUAAUAGGCAUAAAAUGAAUGGAAAUAUAUUUAGUGAAAAGUACAUAAAAGAAAAAUUGAAUCGCUUGGAGCAGAUUAAUUCGUAAAAGAGACUCAAGGUGCAGUAAGCAACGAUAUCUAAAAAACCUUAAAUGUCUCGAAGUGAUUAUGAAAAAUAUAAAAAAAUCCUCUUUGAAUAGAAUAAAAAAUAAAACUAAACUAUUGAAGAGAAAUUUAAUGAUGCUAUUCCUACUUAAGAUAUUUCAAACUAAAAAGAGUAAGGAACUAAAUCUUUACAAAAUAAAUAAGGAAGCGAAAACAUUAAAAUGAAUAAAUCUUUAGAAAGGAAUAAAUCACCAAAAGCUGGAGAAAUUGUUUUCAAAACAUCCAAGAGAAAUUGUAGCAAGACUCCAAAAAAUAAUUUAAAUCAUUCUGAGAUUUUGCAAAAAUCCCCUUCACAAGUGCUCUCUCCUAAGCAAUUGCAAGCAAACCCUUUCAAUCAAUAAUAAAAGUUAAAAUAAUCAAAAAGUUUGAUGAAGCUAUCAAAUACUGCAAAACCUGCUGAAAUGAGCGAGUCUUAAUUGACUUAGGAAAUACCCAAUUCUUCAAGGACUCAGAAUGUGCUUUAGAAUAUGAAGAGUAUUUUAUCUAUUGCAAGUCCAAAUGCAUAUUUUUCUAACGCUACUAGCACUAUGGAAGAUCCUAAUUUAUUAGAAUAAACCCAGUAACAAAAUAAUAUUCAUAGAUUUAAUUAGAGAUAAAAUUUUUAGAACAACUAAUUUUAAUACACUCCUCAACCAAUAAGCCCAAGCAGUCAUACCAUGAUACCGAUGAUGGCACAACAAAAUGAUAACGAAAAUAUAUUUGUAUAAGGAAUUUAUCCAACUUAUUAAACUCAGCAAAGUAUAGAAUUUAUAAAUACAAAUAAUCCAGAAUUUAUUUAAAUGGUGAAUAAUCAAAAUAUGGCAAUGAAAAAUAGCUAAUUCAGUAAUUAAAAUGAGGAUAACUAUCUAAAUAUAUACAAUAAAUAAUAAAAUAAUGAGUAUUCUUACUAACAAAAUCCUGCUUUCUUCUAGCAAAAACCUAUCUUUUAAAAAAACUUUUAACCUCAACAAUAAAUUCAGUAAAAUUUGAAUUAUGACACCUUCGAAUAAAAUAAUUAUGCUCAGGCAUCAAUCAACUUCACAUCUCCAAGAACAAAUAAUUUUCAAAAGUAAAAUGAAGAAAUCUAAGAUAGAAAUUAUAACUAAAAUGGACCCUCAUUUAAUAUAUCUAGUAAAAGACAGUAUUCAUAACCUAAUUUUGAUUAAAGCUCUCUUGAAAAUUAAUAAUAUUAAUUAGCCAAUUAACAGUAGUUCCCUAUGUAUGAAAGAAAACAUUCGUUAACAUCAUAUUAUGAAAACAAUAAUAAUAAUAAUAUUAAUCAAUCAGGCAUACAAAUGCAGCAGCAAUACUAUAAUCAUUAAACUAGAAACUCUCAAGUAGAUUUUGAUAAAUAUUUUUUGGAGGAACAAUAGUACCUUUAAUAGCUAAGCCAUUUAGGAAUUUAGGAUGAUUUAAAUGAAUCUGAACAUUUCAUUCACUAAUUAAAGCACAACUAAACACUUCUUAAAUAGGAAAAAGAGUAACUAGAGAGAGAAUUAGCAGAGCUAGAAGUACAAACAAAGCACAUCAAAAACUCUCAUGUAAGACAAUAAAGUCACUCUUAUAAUGAUUAGCCUUCAGAAUAAACUAGAACGGUUUUCCUUGAAGCUUCAUUCAAAAAAUAAAAUCCUAUCUCAGAAUAAAACCAUUUUGCACAUGAUAAUCUCCAACAGCAGUUGAGAUUUGAAGAAAAAUGGGAAAUGAUUGAAAGAGAGGAAGAAGAAACAGAGAAAAGCUUUAUGAUUAUCUCAGAGUAUUUAAAUAUGUAAAGCGAUCAAACAAAAAGAAAAACUAAAUCUAGAUAAAAUAGUUAAUUUAAAGAGGAAAACACUAGCAAAAGUAAUAUCAUAACACCUUCAGUAGUUUAUGGUAAAAAGAGCGAUGAAUUUGAAAAGAAACCAUCUAGAAAGAGUAGUGAUUAAAUUGAAAGAUCUCAAUAGAAUAUUCAAAAGAAAGGUGAAAGAGAUGAAGAAGACAUGGAAUGGCUUGAUGGGAUUGAGGAAUCGUUUUGUGAGUUAAAAUGCAUUAAUAAAAACGAAUUGAUGCCUUAUUACACAGAAUUAUAAUCUAAAAAGAAAUCUUAUCUCGAUAGAUAUUCCCCUAAUAGCAAGUCUCGCUUGGUAGAUGCGGCUGAAGAAGAUGCUUACACAAAACUUAAAAAUUAAAUUAUUGGUAAAACAAAUAUAUCGAAUUCUCUAAAAAUUCUUGAUUUUAAAUUGGGAAUCAAAUAAAACACUGACUCUUAGGUCAAAACUAAUUAGAGGGCGUUAUCUUCUGCUAAGUUAUAGAAUAUUGUUAAUGAGAUUUCUAGCUAAGAAGUUCACAGCAAAAAGGAAAUAUUUUAAGAAUCUGGUACUAAGGGAACAAAAAGCCCAUAAUUUGGUGCUAGUGGUAAAAACCCUUAGCUAUUUAGCUACUUAAAUGAAUAAAAUAAUAAAGAUAAUACAGAAUUAGCAUUUAAAGAUGCUAAUUUCUUCAAAUAAAAAUUAACUUCACCUAGUUCUUAAAGUACUAUUGUAAAUACUUACGGCUAGUAUUCUGACCGUUUCGAAUAACCAAGUGCUCAAUUAAAGUAAGAUUUGAGAAGACAACCUGAUAAUUUUUCAAAUAGUUAAAUUGAUUAGGAACAAGGCUUCGUUAAAAGUAGUAGUUGCAAUAACUUAAUUAAAAAUUUUUAUGAUGACAUAAACUAAAUUUAAAAGAAAAACAGUGAGAAGUUCUUAAAACAAGACUAAGCUUUGUAUUAAACUGAUAGAAAUAUUUAAAAAUCAAAUGAAAUCUUGGAGAAAAUCAAUUAAAAGUAUCCAAAUUCUCAUUUAAAUUUCUCUAAGUCUGGUAACUCUAAGAGAAUGUCACAAGAGUAUUAAAUGGAAUAAUAAUAACCUUAAGAAAAUAUGAUUGAUGAUGAAGAAUAUAGAUAGUAAUAAUAUAUCAUGAGAAAACUCAAAGAAAUGGAAGCUGAAAAUAACAGUUAGACCUCAUCUAUUAGAGAUAAGGAGUUGCAAUACUCUUAGACUGUAAGUAGUUAUUUGGCAUAGGGUGAUAGUUAAUUUAAAAGAUCAUAAUCUCCUUUGUAUAGUAAUUUAAAUGAAGAAAAAGAGCAUAAACUUCUACAAAAUAGAUAGUAAGAAAGUUAAAGCUUGCAUAAAUUGCUUUAAAACAGAAGAAAUGAGCAAUAAUAAAAUAAAGGAGAUCAAAUUAAUGAAGAAUUGUAGGUAGCUGAUUUACACAAUUACAGUAGCUUUAGGAAUGAAUUACAACAGAGUGAGUAAUAGCAUAACGAAUAUUAUGAAGACCAAUAUUUCAAAUUCUCUAAUAAUAAAAAUAGUAGCUUUGAAAAAGAGUUAUAAUAGAUUCAGAUAGAUCAAAAUGAUAUCAAUUAACUGUAAUAGAAGUCUCAAUCCAUUCAAAACUAGAAGAAAAAUUUAUUUUAAUCACUCAUGAAAAAUGUUUAAUAAGAACUGGGAAAUAAAAAUAGCUUAGCAAGAGACUCUUUGUUAUAAUAAAAUAAAGCUGAACCUACUUCUAAAUUUUAACAAAAACUUGAUAGUAGGAUGGAGUCAUUCUAUUAGUAAUACGAAGAAGGAUAAAAGUAAGAUGAUAAAUCUUUAAAAUCUGGCUAAGAAAAGAGUAAUAUUUAGAACUAACUUAACAAAGUUUUUAAGGGUAAUGUUCAAAGUGAUGAUGAUAGUAACAGCAGUGGAGACGAGCUAGAAGAAACUAUACUUUAGAAAUUAUAAAAAUUAAAAAAGAAAAGAGAUAGUGAGUAAAAAGAGAAAUCUCCUUUAUUGUAGAAUUCUCAUAUAAUUAGUGAGCAAAAAAAUAGACCUCUGACUGCUAGUAAAAGAGGUUCAUAAGACAGUAGUAGUAGCUAUGAAUAAGUCAAUAAAGAAAAUACUUAAAAUAAUUUACAAAUGAUUAAGAACAAUUAAUUAAAUGAAUCAGCUGGUGCUAAAAUGAAGUUGGAUGAGCUGUUUAACAAAAAUAAAUUGAAAGAUUCUUCAAGUCAACUAGAAAAUAAUUAACAAAACUCUUCAAGUAAAUAAAACUCUACAAGAGAAAAAAUAUCAAGUAUCCAGCAGAAAUUAAACAACCUAUUUGAAAAGAAGAAUGUCUAGUCUCCAUAACAGCAACAAUUAGAAAAUGUAGAGAUAAAUAGCAGUAAUAAAUAUGAAACCGAUAACUAUAACUAAGCAUAAAAACAAAGUAAAUAGAUUCAAUAAAAUAAUUAAGAAGGUGAGCCUAGGAUCGAUAGAAAAGUGAUAGACAGUUUGGCAGAAGAAGUAGAAAUGCUAAUGAAAAUGCAAAAUUUAGAAAACUAAUUCAAAGAAAAAGACAACUAAAACAAACAAUUAAAACAAGAAUAUUUCUAACACGAAAGACAUAUAUAUGGAGAGGAUAUAGACGCACUCCAACACGAAGAAAGUGACUAAUUUGGCGGCGAAUAUAAUAACCAAACAGAUUCAUAAAAAAAUUUCUUCAAAACUAAGCAAUAGUUGCCUCUAUAUGAAAUAGAGGAAGAGCACUCAGUAGAUAAUUCGAUAGUAGACUAAAAUUUCCAAAUGAGAAACUAAUAUUAAUGA